AACCAAACCAAACGAUUAACGAAACGUAGCUUCACAUGGCCGUUCCCUUCUUCACAACAACAUUUGUUCCAUCUCUUUCCUCAAAAACCAUCACUCCCAUCACUCCUUCAAAGUCCACAAUAGCCUUCAUUCGCUUCCUCACAUUCUCAACAAUGAACUCAUCGCCAUCACCGUCAUCACCAUCGAUCUACCACGUGCCAGACCUAGGUGCCAACGACAUGGACCGUGUGGCAGACCACACUUUCCGAACCUACACUUCGAAUAACAAUGCAAAUGUGGCCAAGAGAAGUGGUAAAGGUUCGGCAAUUGUGUGGUUCAGAAAUGAUCUGAGGGUGUUAGACAAUGAAGUUCUCUACAAAGCGUGGCUCUCUUCGGAAACUGUCUUACCCGUUUUCUGUGUUGAUCCUCGCCUCUUUUCCACCACUUACCACUUUGGUUUUCCCAAAACUGGAGCAUUGAGAGCUCAAUUUUUCGUCGAAUGCUUGGCCGACUUGAGGAAGAACUUGACAAAAUUCGGACUUAAUUUGCUUAUACAACACGGAAAGCCUGAAGAUAUUCUUCCUUCUCUAGCUAAAGCUUUCAAAGCUCAUACAGUGUAUGCCCAGAAAGAAACCUGCAGUGAGGAGCUGAACGUUGAAAGAUUAGUCAGCAAAGGUCUUCGACAAGUAGCAAUGCCAUCCGGGGAAUCUAGUAGUUCAACGAAUUCAAACAACUUCCCCAAGUUACAAUUGAUUUGGGGUACCACCUUGUACCACAUAGAUGACCUUCCUUUUGAUGCCGGUAGUUUGCCGGACGUGUAUACUCAAUUUCGUAAGACUGUCGAGGCGAAGUGUUCGAUACGUCCGUGCAUCAAACUUCCUGUGUUGCUUGGACCUCCUCCACUUGUUGAGGAUUGGGGGUGUGUUCCUUCAUUAGAGAAGCUGGGACUUAGCUCACAGAAUGUUAGCAAGGGGAUGAAAUUUGUAGGAGGUGAAACUGCGGCGUUGAGCAGAGUAUAUGAAUACUUUUGGAAGAAGGAUUUGCUAAAGGUAUAUAAAGAGACCAGAAAUGGAAUGUUAGGACCUGAUUACUCCACUAAGUUCUCACCAUGGCUUGCAUUUGGAAGCUUGUCUCCUCGUUUAAUACACGAAGAGGUGAAGAGAUAUGAGAAGGAAAGGAUAGCAAAUGGUUCUACAUACUGGGUCUUGUUUGAGUUGAUAUGGAGGGAUUACUUCCGGUUUUUAUCGGUGAAAUAUGGGAAUUCAAUUUUCUAUUUAGGUAAUUUGCUGAAGUCUGUUACGAGAGACGGCCGUACCGGAUAUCCUUUGAUUGAUGCCAAUAUGAAAGAACUAUCAACAACAGGGUUUAUGUCAAACCGAGGACGGCAGAUUGUGUGUUCAUUUCUUGUUCGUGAUAUGGGCAUAGAUUGGCGAAUGGGAGCAGAGUGGUUCGAGACGUGUCUUCUGGAUUAUGAUCCAUGUUCUAAUUAUGGAAACUGGACUUAUGGUUCAGGAGUUGGGAAUGAUCCAAGAGAAGAUCGAUAUUUCAGCAUUCCGAAACAAGCACAAACAUAUGAUCCGGAAGGAGAAUACGUUGCAUACUGGUUGCCGCGAUUACAAACAAUUCCGAAAGAGAAAAGGAACUUUCCUGGAAAUUUAUACAUCCGUCAAAUUGUGCCUCUCAAGUAUGGUAGACUCCAGAAUGACGGCGCAAGAAGCAGCAAUGAUAGAAGGAAUGACAGAAGAUGGAACAGGAACUAAAUUCAGGGAAGAUAUGAAGAAUGGCAGCUUCUUUCAUUAUUUCAUCUUCCACGGGUGUAGAUUAGCAAGAAAUUCUUGUAUGCACAGGUUAGUUGAAGGCCAUAUAUUCUCUUUAACAUAACUAAAAUGAAACCCGCACGAGAUGUACGGGACGGUAAAUUAAUGAUAGUAUAUAACAAAUAUUAAAAAUUGUUAUAUUUUGUAGAAUUAAAUUAAAUAUGUGUAAACUAAAGUUAAAUUUGAAAGGUGUUUUAUUUAAAAUAAUUUGUAGUACAAAAGAUUUGGACGUUGGAAUUAUACAAAGUGACAUUUUUAUUUGGUAGUUU